AUGAGUUUUUUUGUGGUACCAACAGUAUCUUAUCAAACUCAACAAAAAUUAAAAAAACAUAAAGAAAAGAAGGAUGAAAAGAAAGAGGAGAAAAAAUUAAGAAAAGAAGCAGCAGCGGCAGCAGCAGCUUCAAAUGCAUCAAUUUCAGAUCAACAUAGUAAACAUAGUUCACAUUCAACAGCUAGGGGUAGUAGUUAUGAUUCUGGGAAAAAGAAAAAAAAAUCAAGUGGGUGGAGUAUCAUUAGUGGUAGAUCAUCUACAAGUUCAAAAGAAUCAAAAGAAUCAAAAGAUAAUGAGGAUUCAAGAUCGAUCUUGUCAAAUUUUACAUCAAAAAAUUCUGCAGUAUCAAUGAAUGAUCAAAAUUCCGAAUAUUCCAAUGAACAACACUACAAUAACGAAGAUGGAAUGUCAAUGUAUCUGUAUCAAUCAAGUGCUAGACCUCAAUUAAAUCCUGUUAAAUCACCUUCUUCAUUGAGUGUCGAAAAUAGAUUCGAUAAUGAAAGUGAAAUUGAACCUCCAAUUGAUAGAGAAGCAACUCCUAAAUUACAACAAACAGGUACAGCAAAGUCAUUACCCACUACUUCAACAGCUCAAAGUCCUACACAAAUUGAAGAAGAAACACCAUCGUUAAUUGCAUCCAAUUAUAAAAAAUCUAUGGACACAGAUACUUUUAAACAAUACAAAUCAAUGUCAGCACCAUCUUCAUCAGCAUCAAAUACAAUUCUAGCUGCUCCAAAACCAAACAAUUCAUCCAAUUCCCCCAUAUCACCAAUUACUCCAUUAACACCAUCAGCAACUUAUUCACAUCAUACAUCAAUACCUUACUCCCCACAUUCUGUACGACCAAGGACUAAUUCAGCAUAUUCAACUUCAAAUGCAUCAAUCUUAUCAUCACUGAGUAAUAGCCAUCAACAACACCCUCAUUAUUUACAAAAUUAUGCAUUCCAUAGAAAUAACUCAUUAACUCCAUCAUCAAGUAAUACAGGAUUAAAUUUAACUUCAACAUUUACAAGUUCAAAAGAAUCUAAACAUACAUUUAGGAAAUUAUCAUUUUUAGGAUCUAACCUGAAAAGAAAAGAUAGUACAGCAUCAUUAACAGCUCUGCCAGGUUCAGAAUCUCCAGGUUCAAGUAUACAUUCUCAAAAUAAUUCAUAUUUCCCAGAUCCAACAAGUGCUGAUUCAAAAUUAUUUCUACCUUUCCAACCAUUAUUAGAUUUAUCAGUUUUUAAUUCGCCUGAAGAAAUGCAAAAAGUAUUAUUAACUCCUGCUUAUCAAGUUUUUAGGUAUAAUAGCUUUUUGUCAGUGGUUGGAUCAUAUCAUUCAAGUGAUGCAUUAAGUUUUGCAAAAGUCAGAAAUCAUUCAUUGUUUAGAUUUAUUAUAAGACAACAACGAGCCAAAAAAUUAAUAGCUAAAAAUGGAUUCAAUAAUCCUGCAAACUUUCAUGAUUUAUCAUCCACUGAAAACAUUUUAGCUUAUUAUUUGUAUGCCAAAACAAGAACUUUUUUACGAACUUUAAUUAAAGAAUCAUCAAAAAAUCAGCAAUUAUAUAAUCAUGAGGAAUUAGUUCAAUGCAAUUUUGUUAAUUAUGUUAGAUACUUAAUAAAUCUUCCUGAGCUAUCAGAUACGCUGGACUUAAACGAUAUAGAGCAAAAACAUUAUGAAUUUAAAUCGGUUUUCGGAACUAUUGCAAAUGCUUUAUAUUCAUUGAAAAAGGAUGAAACAACUGGAGUUGUAUCUACUGAAACUACAAGAGCAAUAAAAAUCAAAUUAUUACUAGAAUGUAUUACAAAAGUAUCAUAUGAAUAUAUUUUAUUGGAAAAGUAUAGAUUUGAUAUGUUUAUGAAAUUUCAUAAUAAUCAUUUGAUUGAUAAACGUCCUUUGGUUCAAUUGUUUAAUACUUACAAAGAUCAUAUUAAAAGUCACAACAAGGAAAGUCCUAAAGUUUUACUUUAUAAUUCUGCAAAUUCAGUUCAAUAUGGUUGGUAUUUAGCAAUUACUGUACCCUUUGUUAGAUUCAUAGAGUCUCAUAUUUACACCGAGGACAAUUCCAUACUUCAAGAUUAUGAUAGAUAUAGAAAACUAGAAGAAUCACAGAUUAAAACUAAUUUUACCAAAAGUGAUAUAGAAUUAUUUGACGAAUUUUUUAGUAAAUUAAAUUUAUCAACGUAUCAAGAAUUCAAUGCAAUGAGUAUGGAUUCAUUAGUCAAAUUAAACAAGUUAAUUGAAAAUCAAUCAUCAAAAUUUGUUCAUAUAAAUCGUAGAGAAAUUCCAGACCCAUCAAAUGCUUUCACUUACAAACCAAUGAAUUUUGAAUAUUACAAUAAGAGUUUAUCAACAAUAAGUACCAAUACAUUUAAUUUAAUUCAAUGUCAAGAUUUACCAUUUCAAGUUAAGAAAGAAAAUUAUAAAACCAUAUUGAGAGAAUUUUGUAGAACUUUGAAACCCGGUGGUUCAUUCAUAUGUAAUUCAAUUCAUUUUGGUUCAAAAACAACAGAAGAAUUUCAAUUGCAAUUUCGUGAUGGAAAAUUCCCCACAGCUUGGAAUUAUAUUGAUUUCUCAUUGCUUAAAUAUUUUGAAGCAAUUCCUAAUUUUGUGGAAGUAAUUUUACUUGAAUUGAAUGAAAUCUUUGGUAAAGGAAAUGUUAAAUUUAGUAUAUCAUUAUUGAGUUCAACUACUGAAGUUAAUAAGUUUUUAAUAAAAUUUGGUGGUAUGAAAUUAUUUGAGUUAGUUGGUAAAUUUGAUGAAUAUUGUGAAUUUUUUAAAGAUGGUGAGAACUUACAUAGUUCAAAUGAUGCAAGUAUUCAUUUUGGAGUUCAUAUUGAAGCUAAAAAAGUUCAUAGAGUUAUAUAA